GAAAGAGGAAGUGAAGACUGAAAGCCGCUCGAAGCGCAAACAAGCGGACAGAACAGGAAGUGGAAAGUAGCAGCACACAAUAUUUCAAGAUUUCUUUACGAGUGACUUCCUGUUCGUCUUCUCUGCUUGCCCCCAUCUUGGGACCAGAAACAUGACUCACGGCUGCCUCAAGUGUUUGAAAUACACCAUGUGUGUCGCCAACUUCCUCUGCUUCGUGUGUGGUGUGGCGGUGCUGGGUCUGGGUGUGUUCAUGAUGGUCAACUUCAAGCUGACUGCACUCAUGCCCUCUCUGGCCAAUUUCAACCUGGCCAGCAUGCUGCUGGUCAGCGGCCUGGUCAUCACCUGUGUCUCCUUCCUGGGCUUCCUGGGCGCCCUGAAGGAGAACCGCUGCCUGCUGCUGACGUUCUUCCUGAUGCUCUUCUUCCUGCUGCUGGUGGAGCUGACGGCGGCGUGCUUGCUCCUCAUGUACGAGCACAAGAUCGCCGACUGGGUCCAACGGGACCUGAACCAAGGUCUGCAGGACGCCAAGAGCGAACACCCCGGCGAGUCCCGCAGUGAGUGGGACCUGGUCCAGAUGACGUUCGAUUGUUGCGGCGUUCACAACGUGUCGGACUGGGGAGACGACGUUCCCGCUUCCUGCUGCAAGGCCGACUGUGAGCCCCCACGCACGCCACAGUACAGAUCCACGGGCUGCUUGGACGUGAUGAAAAUAUGGUUUGAAGAGAACUUCCUGAUCACUGGCAUCGCUGUCAUCGUCUUCUGCAUCAUCGAGGUGUUGGGGAUGUGCUUCGCCAUGACACUUUUCUGCCACAUCAGCAGAAUCGGACUGGGCUACAAGUUGUAGAGCCUCGUGUUUAUUCUUCUGACUCUUUAUGUCUUAACUUUGUUUCUCAUUAACCCGCUUUUAUUAUCUUGACAUGUUUGUGAAGUUGCACUUUUAAUGACAAGUUUCCCACAUUUAUUUAAAUUGAUCGUUAGAAUGUAUUCCUUCAUUCCCGCAACGUAAUUGUCCUCCAUUUACUGUUGUUCUGUCACUUAAAUUACAACUACAUUUUUAACAUUUGACCUUUUAUUAAUAUAGUUAGUAAACAGAAACGCAUUUAUGUUUAAAAAAAAGUCAUUUGAAAUGUAAAGUUGUUGAGUUUUAAUCGCCACUUAACGUGCACACGGACAAGUACGGCAUUUUAUUAAUAUUUUGUUUAGCGUUGUGCGACCGGAUGUGACGCAUUGGUCUGUUAUUGUGGAGGCCGGAAGUGUGCGACUGGUUCGAGAAGAGCCAUCAGGUUUUUGACGAAGUGUUGACAAUAAAAAAAUACUAUCUGG